AUGGAUACAGAAAUUGCUGUUCAAAGGCUAGAGAGCCUGGAUUUCCGCUUCUACUUGGAGUCUGAGAUUCAGAACCUUAGUGUAAAAGAAAUAACCAAUACUCAGACAUUCGACUCACUGGCCCAUCCAUGUUCUGGUGGACUCUAUGAUGCAGCUCUUGGACCAACAGAUAGAGAUGAUGUGUGUGGAACAUGUGGACAAAACUUUGUCCACUGCCCUGGACAUAUGGGUCACAUAGUACUACCCCUUCCUGUCUACAAUCCUGUCUACUUCUCUACUCUCUAUCAGAUACUUCGUGGCUCCUGCUUCAGCUGCCAUCGUCUGGCAGUCUCAACUCUGUCCACAAUUGCAUUUGUGAAGAAGAUGGACCUUCUAAAUCAUGGCCUUCUGGCAGCUGCUGGAGAGCUGGAGGAUUUUAUAGCCAACCAGACAGAGGAAUUUGGAAAAAAUACUGCUGCUCUGGAAGUGAUCACUAAAAAUAUAGAAAGGAAAGUGGAAAUGUGGUUGGCAGAAACUGGAAAACUUGAAGAAUGUGCUUCUGUGAAAAAUGUUGAAGCAUUCAAAAACUCGGAAAUCACAAAUUUUAUUCGUGGCAAGUUGAUGACGAUAUCAAUUGCCUGUCCUCAUUGUUCAAACAAGAAAAGGCCAAUUAAACAAGAAAACAAUGUUAAAUUUCUACUGGCGGGGAAAAGACUUGAAAAAGUGAGAAAUGCAAUAACGAAGAAUUCCACUGGAAAUUCUAAGUCUAAAAAUGAUGACGAGAAUAGCUUGAUGGAAAUGCCAGAAAUACAGACAACACAACUGGAGGAGGAGGAGGGAGAUGACCAGACCAUGGUUUCAUUUGAUAAUGUAGAGCAGACAUACAUAUCUCCCAGCCAAGCCCGUGAUCAUCUACGACUGUUGUGGAAACAGGACAGAGUCAUCCUCAAGUAUCUUUUUCAUUCUUUGGCCAAGGCUGCAGAUGACUCACCUGAUAUUUUCUUCCUACAAAUCAUCCCAGUGCCCCCAUCAAGAUUUCGGCCGGUCUCUAUGAUGAAUGGAAGGAAGUUUGAAAAUCCUCAGACUGCCAACCUGUGCAAUCUGUUAGUGGAUGCUUCUCAUAUGAGGCAGCUGUUGGGAGUUCUCGAUAAAAAGAAGGAUAAACAGGAUGGCUCUGUUGAGGAAGAACUCACCAAAGGUGUGUUAUCUCUGAUUAGUGGGAACACACUGAUGGAGAAAUUACAAAGCUGUUGGAUCCAGAUGCAGAACCAUGCCAACUCAGUCUUGGAUUGUGACCUUGACAAACUGGCCAAGGACAAAUUUCCAGGGGUUAAACAGCUGUUAGAAAAAAAAGAAGGCUUGUUCAGAAAAAACAUGAUGGGAAAGCGAGUGAAUUAUGCUGCCAGAUCAGUUAUCUCCCCUGAUCCCUGUAUCAACACAAAUGAAAUUGGCAUUCCUGAGGUUUUCGCAAAGAAGUUGACCUAUGCUCAGCCUGUCACACCGUGGAAUAUCCAAGAGCUGCGUCAGAUGGUCAUCAAUGGACCCGACGUCCAUCCUGGGGCUUGUUUUGUCAUGAAUGAAGAUGGAUUCAAGACUAUGCUAAGUGCCAAGGACAAAACUCAGAGAGAAGCUGUUGCUAAGCAACUCCUCACUCCUGGAGCAAACCCUCUAGCUUAUAGAGAGUGUAAGAAGGUAUAUCGUCACUUAAAGAAUGGAGAUGUGAUGCUGCUAAAUCGCCAGCCCACUCUACACAGACCUAGUAUACAGGCUCAUAAGGCACGAGUGUUACCUGGAGAGAAAACCCUGAGAUUGCACUACGCCAACUGUAAGGCUUACAAUGCAGACUUUGAUGGAGAUGAGAUGAAUGCUCAUUUUCCACAAAAUGAAUUGGCGAGAGCAGAGGCUUACACAAUAGCCAGUACAGAUUUCCAAUAUCUGGUACCUAAAGAUGGCACACCAUUGGCUGGACUUAUACAGGACCACAUGGUGUCAGGUGUCAAUCUAACUCUCCGUGGACGUUUCUUCACCAGACAAGAGUAUUGCCAGUUGGUGUUCUCGGCCCUGGUAGACAGGAAAGGCCCAGUAAAGACCUUACCACCCUCAAUUAUUAAACCCUGCCAAUUGUGGUCUGGGAAACAGGUUCUCUCAACCAUUAUUUUGAACACUAUACCAGCUGGUAAGGCAGCCCUCAACAUCACAGGGAAAUCAAAGAUUUCAGAAAAGAGUUGGUUGACAUCCAACACCAAUGUAGACCUACCCAAAGAGAUAAUGGAGGAGAUGGGAGAGAGUUGGGUGAUUAUCAGAGGCGGAGAGCUCCUCUGUGGUGUACUGGAUAAGGGUCACUACGGACCUACCUGUUAUGGACUUGUACACUGCUGUUACGAGUUAUAUGGUGGGGCUAUAGCUGGAAAGCUGUUGACCUAUUUUGGACGUUUGUUCACCAACUUCCUGCAGAUGAUUCGAGGUUUCACACUUGGAGUGGAAGAUAUCCUAGUCACAGCACCUGCUGACCAGAAGAGACACCAGACUAUUAUAGAAUCAACACAAUGUGGGGAUGACUCUGCUAAAGAGGCCCUGACCCUGGACAAGGAGGCUGAUACAGCGACCUUAUUGAAGGCAAUGAAGAAAGCCCACUUUAACUCUGAUGAUGUUGGGCUACAGAUGCUGGACCACAGCACAAAGACGAGGACGGAUGAGGUUCAGAACGCCAUUGUUAAAGCAUGUAUGCCAAAAGGAUUAGAAAAAUUAUUCCCUAAAAAUAAUCUACAGCUGAUGGUGCAGUCAGGAGCAAAAGGAUCUUCGGUAAACUGCAUGCAGAUAUCUUGCCUGCUUGGUCAGAUAGAGUUGGAAGGGCGUCGCCCCAGACCCAUGCUUAGUGGAAAGACACUACCGUCAUUCAUGGCAUACGACACCUCACCACGUGCAGGAGGGUUUGUGUCGGGACGUUUCCUCACUGGUAUACGACCUCAGGAGUACUUCUUCCAUUGCAUGGCCGGACGAGAGGGUCUUAUUGACACAGCUGUGAAGACAAGUCGCAGUGGCUACCUACAGCGGUGUCUUGUUAAACACUUAGAAGGAGUGUUUGUUAACUAUGAUCUGACCGUCAGGGACAGCGAUGGCAGCAUUAUCCAGUUCUAUUAUGGUGAGGAUGGACUGGACAUCUCAAAGACUGGAUUCAUUACUGCCAAGAUGUACCCUUUUCUCCUGGAUAACAAGUCAGUGUGGACAACUCACAAUGAUAACCAGAGUCAAACCAGUGAUAAAGGAGUACGCAAAUGGACCAAGAAGAUUCUGAAAUGGAGGAAACAUGCCAAAAAGAAAAGUACAACAUGUGGGAGAAAUUCGGGAUUUCUGAACUUUUGCAAGAAGUCUGAUUUACCUGGAUCACAUGACAAACGUUUGGAGAAAAAUGGGCGUACUGUUGGGGCAUGCCUCGCGUGCAGUGAAUGGAGAGCUCUUGAUGAUAAGGCAAAACAAAAAUAUACCAAGUACACUGGGCGAUGUCCUGACCCAGCUACAGCCGUCUACUUCCCCUACCAACAAGGUGGUGUCUACCCAGAAAAGUUUGAGUCCAUAGUCAAGGAUUUUUCCAUCAAUGAAUUGAAAAAGACAGUAAAGGAUGAAUCAGUGGGGCCGGCACAAUUUAACACAUUGAUGAAACAAAAGCUGAUGAAAUCCCUGGUAGAACCUGGGGAGUCUGUAGGGGCCCUGUGUGCUCAGUCGAUUGGAGAGCCUUCUACACAGAUGACAUUGAAUACUUUUCAUUUUGCUGGGCGAGGUGAGAUGAAUGUGACUUUGGGAAUUCCUCGUCUACGUGAGAUACUCAUGGUAGCCAGUGCCAAUAUAAAGACCCCUAGUAUGGAUAUUCCUGUGUACCCUAAUCCUCAGGCACGACAGACCGCCAAGACAAUACAGCUACUUUUCAACAAGGUCACCCUAGCGGAGGUGCUUGAAGAUAUCAACAUAACAGAAUAUACAGUUAUCAAAGGAAAAUCGCUGAGUGGGAGACAACGAGUGUUUGAGAUUCGUUUUAAGUUCCUGCCGUACAGACUGUAUAGAGAACGCCUCGGAGUUACUCCAGCCUCCAUUCUUGCCUUCAUAGAGAAAACUUACAUCAAAAGGAUCAUUCUUCUCAUUAAGAGGAAGAUAAGUGAGGGUACUAGAAAAAGCAGGAUUUUGACAUCAGGACGAUUACUGAAGAGAAACGUUCCAGAUGAGGACACAGAAGAGAGCUCUAAGGUAGAUGCUACUGUUGAUCAGGGAGACUCCGAUAUGGAGGACAUGACUGGAGAUGGUAACGCUGUGGCCGACAAGGAAAAGAAACGACACGACGAAGAGAAAGAAUACGAUGAAGAUAUGAAUGAAGAGGAUGCUAAGCCUGAAGAAUUGGAAGAGCAGGUCACCAUGGACGAGGAUAGUGAUGAAGAGACAAGCUUCGCUGUUCAGGAUGACAUGGAAACUCGGGAAGAGGACAGCCAAACAACAGAUAAAACAACAGCAGCCAUUAGGAUAAGUAAUGUCUUAAAGUCAUCUAAUGUUGCGGAGUACAAAUUUGAUCAGAAAAAGCAGGAAUGGUGUCAAGUUAAACUCCAGUUUGGUAUACAGAACAGUAAAGUGGAUGUUUCUUCUCUGCUGGAGACUGAUGCUAAAACAGUCAUAGUACACCAGAUUCCAGGCAUCAACAAGUGUUACUUAACAGAGCAGAAAGGAGCAGAACGACGGGAGCUCCACCUUAAGACAGACGGCAUAAACAUACAGGAAAUAUACAAGUAUGCAGACAUAUUGGACAUCUCUCAGCUCUACACCAAUGAUAUCCAUGCCAUGGCCGCUACAUAUGGAAUUGAGGCUGCUUCCAGGGUCAUUGUCAAGGAAAUUCAGAAUGUGUUUGGUGCCUAUGGAAUAGAGGUAGACUAUCGUCACCUCUGUCUUCUGGCUGACUACAUGACGUUUGAAGGCUCCUACAAACCAUUCAACAGGAAAGCUAUGGAGACCAGCAGCUCGCCCUUACAGAAGAUGUCAUUUGAGACUACAAUGCAUUUCCUUGUGAAGGCCAGUAUCCAUGGCAACAAGGACAGUCUCAGAAACCCGUCAUCCCAGUUGGUUGCUGGAAGACUUGUGUCCUGUGGCACUGGGACGUUUGAAAUCUUACAACCCUUCUGCUAAGUGCUAGACCUCCACUACAGAAGCUGUGAAGAUUUGUGUUCAAUUAAAUUGUUAAGUUUGAGUAGUGUAUAUAACAUCAUAAUGAUAAGUGAACUGUUAAGUUUGAAUAUAUUGUCUUUCAGCUGGAGCUGUGUUCGAAAAAAAAUGUUCCACUUCAGGAACUUAAGUUUAAUAAUUGAAUUUUUCGCCUAUUUAAGAGGGGAAAUAAUUAUUUCUUAUUUAACUGAUUGGUGUCUCCUUUUGACCAAGGAGCCUGUUUUUACCAUUUUGGGUUGUUCGCAUGCUAAAAUAAAGGGAUACAUAUCUUCAUCCCCUUUCAGUGUUGGAGUUAACUUUGUUUAAUUCUUUGAAUACCAUUUAAAUAAUCAAUAUGCCUAGCUGUUGAAUAACUGACUAAAGAUUCCUUGGUUCCUUGAACUGCUAGAUUCACAACUUUCCAGAGACCCAUAAUAAGUAGAGGAAUUAAAGCUAUUGGAUUGGUUUAGAAUUUUUACAAACUUGAAUCUUUCGAUUAUUUUUCAGCUAUGCAAGCUGUGCUAUUCUUUAACAACUCUUGUGAUACAUGUAAUAUUUUCAACACUUUUUCAAAUUAAAGGAAACAUUGAGGUAAAUU